CAAUGGGUGUGGCCAACAUUGAACGAUAGUCCCCUUCUGCAAUCAAAACUGUACUUUCCAGAUCACGUUGUGGUACCUAAAACAUUUUUUUGCGGCGUAUUCGCCCUUUGUGACAAUGUCGGCAGAUUAUGAAGAGAGAGACCUCUCCAACAGAGACAAUGGCCCAGAGGGCAUGGAGCCAGAUGGCAUCAUUGAGAGUAACUGGAAUGAGAUCGUGGACAGCUUCGAUGAGAUGGCCCUGCGUGAGACUCUCCUGAGAGGAAUCUAUGCCUAUGGUUUUGAGAAACCGUCUGCCAUUCAGCAGAGGGCCAUCCUCCCUUGUAUCAAGGGUUAUGAUGUCAUUGCGCAGGCCCAGUCAGGCACAGGGAAGACUGCCACGUUCGCCAUCUCCAUCCUCCAGCAGAUUGAUAUCGAGCUGAAGGGCACCCAGGCCUUGGUCCUCGCUCCCACCCGAGAGCUGGCUCAGCAGAUCCAGAAGGUGAUCCUGGCCCUCGGUGACUACAUGGGAGCCUCCUGCCAUGCCUGUAUUGGCGGCACAAACGUCCGUAACGAGGUGACAAAGCUCCAGGCUGAGGCUCCGAACAUAGUGGUUGGAACGCCAGGACGCGUGUUUGACAUGUUGAACCGCAAGUUCCUCUCUGCUAAGUACAUCAAGAUGUUUGUCCUGGACGAGGCUGAUGAGAUGUUGAGCCGGGGUUUCAAGGACCAGAUCUAUGAGAUUUUCCAGAAGCUCGGCACCAGCACACAGGUGGUGCUCCUGUCUGCCACCAUGCCUCAGGAUGUGCUGGAAGUCACCAAGAAGUUCAUGCGUGACCCAAUCCGUAUCCUUGUGAAGAAGGAGGAGCUCACCCUGGAGGGUAUUCGCCAGUUCUACAUUAACGUGGAGAAAGAGGAGUGGAAGCUGGACACCCUGUGUGAUCUGUACGAGACCCUGACCAUCACCCAGGCUGUGAUCUUCAUCAACACCCGCAGGAAGGUGGACUGGCUGACUGAGAAGAUGCAUGCCAGGGACUUUACUGUCUCUGCCCUGCACGGUGACAUGGACCAGAAGGAGAGGGACCUGAUCAUGAGGGAGUUCCGCUCUGGCUCCAGCCGUGUUCUCAUCACCACAGAUCUGCUGGCCCGAGGAAUUGAUGUUCAGCAGGUGUCUCUGGUUAUCAACUAUGACCUGCCGACCAACCGUGAGAACUACAUUCACAGGAUCGGGAGGGGAGGCCGUUUUGGCAGAAAGGGUGUUGCCAUCAACAUGGUGACAGAGGAGGACAAGCGCACUCUCCGGGACAUUGAGACGUUCUACAACACCACAGUAGAAGAGAUGCCCAUGAAUGUGGCUGACCUGAUCUAGAGUAGAGCCCCCUGCCCCUGGCGCCCUGCCUGCUGGUGGUCUACAUACCACUAUCAUCAUCUCACUGUUCUCUAAAAUCUCCCAUUUCCUACCUAUCACCCACCUAUAUUCCCACCUAUCCAAGCCUCUCCCGUGUAUCCCAAUUUUGCGCUCUUAAAUGGGGUAGGGGAACCCCCGGUUUCCCCUCCUUUUCCAUGCCCUCUGCGGUCCCUCAGCUCAGCCCCACUCAUUUGGUUCUCUAUGGCUUAAAGGAAAGAGACCACCUCUCCUGCUAGCCUUGCAUUAUAAAAACCUAGAAUUGUAUGUUUACUUGGCCACAGAUGAGGAUCAGUAUGUUUGCAUUAGCAGCAGACUUCAUGUCCUUAUGUUGUAUACAAGGACCCCUUGGGACUCCAUUUCAAUAGGAAAUGGUAACUUCUUUUGGGAAUGGGGAUUGCACUAUGCAGUUGCAGUCUUUGUUAUUUGCAUUGAAGUUGUUAUAUUCUAUCACUCUCCAUUGCUGAUAUGCAGUAGAUUUUCUGCAGGAGAGUUUUUAAACAAACAAAGGAUGACAUUGUUUAUAAAAAUGUUUUAAAAAAUCCUCCAUGUGCCUCCUUGAAAGUAGAGCUAUUCAUUUUAACACCGUUAAUGAGUGGUAAGACACAAGCUGUUGGUAGAUAUUUUGAUUGAAUAUAUAAAACUACCCAUAUUUAAUUCUAAAGUGUAUAAUUUACAUUUCACAAAGGUUGGCAUUUUGGGGGAGAAACUGAAGGUGUACAGAGGGGGCUAUUGGGGGUUUUGCUUUGAGUGCAAAGACAUUUGAUGGACUACAUGGAAUAAAAUUCCAGUAUAAACAUUUUAUUUAUUUUCCACACCUUUUUUUAUUCAUUAGUUUGGUUUCAUUUUACAAAUUGGGGAAGGGGGGUGACUUCAAUAAAGUUACCAAAUAAAUAA